CAAUAACUCUAUUUCUUAUUUUCCCUUGACCCUACUCGAAUAUGUCUCUCGGAGCAAUUUGGACGCAAUUCUUUCCGCCGCGCAACAGCGCACCGCUGACAGACGCCAACUUACCAAGCCAAGCCGGCAAGGUAUUCAUCGUAACAGGCGGGUCAUCCGGGAUAGGAUAUGAAACCUCACGGAUCUUGUACGGUGCGGGUGGAAAAGUAUAUGUGCUUACACGAUCGAAAGACAAUGCUGAAGAUGCUAUUACUCGCAUAAAGGCACACUAUGCCCAAGAUGGGGAUACGAAUGUGAAGACGGGGACCUUACAUUUCAUACAAAUGGACAUGAUAGAUUUUGAAAGUGUCAAAAACGCUGCCCAACAAUUCCUAGCGCUCGAAGGGUCGGAUGGGAGACUCGAUGUCUUAUUCAAUAAUGCGGGUACUGGCGCUCGGAAAAAUGCUCCUCGAACUCCCCAGGGACACGAAUAUCAUUUUGCUACCAAUUCUAUUGGGCACCACUUACUCACCCGAUUACUCGCCCCUAUUAUGUCUAGAACAGCUAAGAAGUCCCCUAAGGAUACGGUGCGCGUCGUAUGGGCCGCGUCAGUUCUCGUCGACGUGAUGAGUCCCCGGGGUGGGAUUCGGAAAGAGUAUUUACAGGACCCUUUCAGUAUUAAGAACGAAAUGGAGCUAUACGCCACUUCUAAAACCGCAAAUUGGUUCCUAGCUUCAGAAUUCUCACGUCGGCAGUCCGAGGCUGGAGCUUUCGGCACGGGAGUCGUCCAUAUGGCCGCCAACCCGGGAAACUAUAUCACGGGAAUAUGGCGUCAUGUUCCCUCGCUGAUUGAAUAUCUUGUUAGACCUAUCCUUCGCUAUCCUGUAUACGGUGCUUACACGUAUCUAUGGGCGGCAUUCUCAGACUCGGUCACUACGGAGGAUGCGGUGACGGGACGAUAUGUGAUUUGUGACGGGAGAUGGCAUCCUGGACAGAGAGAGGAUCUUCUACUAGCACUAAGGGGGGAAGAAGAAGGGGGAUCGGGACGGGCAAGGGAGUAUUUCGAAUGGUGUGAGGAAAGAGUAAAGGAAUUCCUGGACUAGAGUCCUAGUAUGAUCUUUCUACAAGGCCUAGGAACAUUCGAGGUAAAGCAUGGUAUAAAACCAUUUGUAUUAGUCUUAGUGACUACCUGGGUAUAUAUGUAAUAUGCUGUAUGAAUAGUAUAAUUCGUUGUCGAUGCUUACGGUUGACCUGGACCUAUUCAUAUCCUACUUAAGCAGAUAUUCUCAAUACCUAUAACGGAGAGAAUAGGUACGUAUGGAUACCUACCCUAUGCAUCUAGUUAUGCAUUAACUUAUAGCGCAUAUAUAUAUUCACUAGCCUCC